ACGCAGAGAGCGCAGCGCCGUGGGAGAACCAGAAGCUCCAGACAAAGAGGAAGAGCUGGACACACAUACACGUGCAGCUCAUGGAGGAUAUGUGGGAACUUUUCUGACUCUGAACUUUUGCUUUCGACUGCAGUCAUGGCUGAGGUAGCGAUGCACUGCGGGAAGAGGAAGAAGUAGUGCGGAAAGAGUGUUUAGAUGCGGAGUUUUCCUUAAAUAAGCGGAUUAUGGAGAAUCCCAGAAGCGCGAGUUUACCGAAGAGCUGGAAGUUCGUGCGGGAGUCGCUGCUGCUCUGCUUAAUCGCCGGUCAUGGAGAGGCUCAGUGUGACAGCUGUAUUGAGUACUGCUGUGAUGGAGUUCCUCCGUUCUGCUGCUCAUAUUAUGCUUAUGUGGGAGAUGUGCUGUCAGGAACGGCUAUCUCCGGGAUCGUGUUCGGUGUUGUGUUUCUGAUGGGAGCAGUGGCCGCUGUGUUUUUGUGUGUCUGCAUGUGUGUGAAGAACAGCCGCGGGUCCAGAGUCGGAGUUUUCAGUUCCACAUACAUCAACACUGUGACUCAAGGUUACCCAGGUCCUCCUCCUCCGUACAGUUAUGAUCAUGAGAUGUUUCCUCCUGAUCUCCGUCCUCCUCCAUACACACCCACUGUUCCCAGAUCAGCAAACUACUCUCCACCUCCACCAUACCCUGGAUUCACCAGGAAGUGACCAUGACCACUUCUUGUCCUGAGGCCAGACGCUGACCUGCUGCUCUCACACACACACACACACACACACACACACACACACACUAAUGCAGUGCACAUGUAGGCUGUAAAAAUAGCCGUAAAAUAGCAGUUUUACCUAUUUUGUGAUGCAUUUUUUAUUUUUCCCCAUUUAUUUCUGCUGUUGAACAGCAUUAUGGGAUCUUGAUCAUUCUUCUGACAACUUUUAACCUUAAAUAGUUGUAAAAAGUGACUUUUCUGAACAUGUGUAAUAUUUUGCAGUGCACAUCCAGGAUGCCAAUCUCCCAUUCCACCACAUCCCAAAGGUGCUCUAUUGGAUUGAGCUCUGGUGACUGUGGAGGCCAUUUGAGUACAGUGAACUCAUUGUCAUGUUCAAGAAACCAGUCUGAGAUGAUUGGUGCUUUAUGACAUGGUGCGUUAUCCUGCUGGAAGUAGCCAUCAGAAGAUGGAGACACUGUGCUCAUAAAGGGAUGGACAUGGUCAGAACAAUACUCAGGUAGGCUGUGGUGUUGACACCAUGCUCAAUUGGUACUAAUGGACCCAAAGAAAAUCUCCCCCACACCAUUACACCACCACCACCAGCCUGAACCGCUGAUACAAGGCAGGAUGGAUCCAUGCUUUCAUGUUGUUGAGGCCAAAUUCUGAGCCGAGCAUCCGAAUGUGUCAGCAGAAAUGGAGACUCAUCAGACCAGGCAACGUUUCUCCAAUCUUCUAUUGUCCAGUUUUGGUGAGCCUGUGUGAAUUGUAGCCUCAGUUUCCUGUUUUUAGCUGACAGGAGCGGCACCCGGUGUGGUCUUCUGCUGCUGUAGCCCAUCCGCCUCAAGGUUGGACGUGUUGUGUGUUCAGAGAUGCUCUUCUGCAGACCUCGGUUGUAACGAGUGCGUAUUUGAGUUACUGUUGCCUUUCUAUCAGCUGGAACCAGUCUGGCCAUUCUCCUCUCACCUCUGGCAUCAACAAGGCAUUUGCACCCACAGAACUGCUGCUCACUGGAUAUUUCCUCUUUGUCAGACCAUUCUCAGUAAACCCUAGAGAUGGUUGUGCGUGAAAAUCCCAGUAGAUCAGCAGUUUCUGAAAUACUCAGAGCACCCCGUCUGGCAGCAACAACCAUGCCACGUUCAGCAUCACUUAAAUCCCCUUUCUUCCCCAUUCUGAUGCUCGCUUUGACCUGCAGCAGAUCGUCUUGACCAUGUCUACAUGCCAUAAUGCAGUGAGCUGCUGCCAUGUGAUUGGCUGAUUAGAAACUUGCAUUAACGAGCAGCUGGACAGGUGUACCUAAUAAAGUGGCCGUGAGUGUAUUUCUCUAGAUAUUAUUUCUUAUACAUUAUAUUAUUUCACACGACUAAAAUGCCUAUAAAGUCACUUUGUUAAGCUGUUGAGUUGAAUUUUCAACGUCUAAAGUGGACAGAGCAGAGAUCAACAUCCCAUAAUGCAAUUCACAACCAUAAAUAUAACAUACAUUUCAUUGAGUGAUCUGUUAUUUACAGUGUGCGCUCUGGGAAAUGCAGUGGACACUGAUGGAAAAGGGUUUAUUUGUGAUGCAGUUUGUCUGAAAUCAGUGUUAUUUCUAUCAUGAUGAAUGAUUUAUGUAUAUAGAUUAACUUUAUAUUCUUGUUUUUCUGUCCGAGUCGUUUCUGCUCUGGAAAUAAUACAGUUUAUUAAUGCAGAAAAUGUAUUUAUUCAUAUGUGUAUGUGUUUGACUGCUCUAAUAUCAGCAUUUUUAUAACGUGCAGAUUUGUGUUUGUAUAUGUGAGCUGUAAAAUGAAAACAAGGGGCAGCAUGGUGGCUCAGUGGUUAGCACUGUGGCCUCACAGCAAGAAGGUCGCUGGUUCGAGUCUCGGCUGGGUCAGUUGGUGUUUCUGUGUGGAGUUUGCAUGUUCUCCCCGUGUUGGCGUGGGUUUCCUCCGGGUGCUCCGGUUUCCCCCACAGUCAAAACACAUGCGCUAUAGGGGAAUUGAUGAACUAAAUUGGCUGUAGUGUAUGAGUGUGUGUGAAUGAGUGUGUGCAUGGGUGUUUCACAGAUCUGGGUUGCAGCUGGAAGGGCAUCCGCUGUGUAAAACAUAUGCUGGAUAAGUUGGCGGUUCAUUCCUCUGUGGUGACCUCUGAUAAAUAAGAGACUAAACCAAGGAAAAUGAAUGAAAACAAGCAUGUAGUUCAUCUGUUGUUAAAACUUGUGCUCAAUAGUGCAGCAUUCACACGUCUGUUUUUGACUUUUAAUAAUAAUAAAACUGAAAUCUGCUUUC